GUGCAACAGCAGCAGCAGGAGCAGCAGCAGCAGCUAAAACCAGCCUCCUGGGUCACUAACCUGUCGCAUGUUGGAUACGUGAACACGGACGGAUAUCUGCCUCUGUCGGAACCAGAGCCGCAGUAAAACAACACAGCUGUGUUGUUGAAUAUUUCGUGUCAUUUUUAUUUAUUUAUUUAUUUUUCUUGGGGGGAGCUUUUGUGGUGCCAGGGGAAGAGAAAGUCCGAGCAGCCAUGAGUGUUCAUCCUGUAUCUGCCAGACCACUCAACAGCCACUUCUGACCAACCCCAAUUUAGCAAACCAAAGAUGUCAGCGUGCAGCGACUUUGCAGAACACGUGUGGAAACCCGGCUCUUGUAAGAACUGCUUCCACCCGCUUAGUGCUCACCACAAGACUGUCGGCGGCUCGGGUGGCAGCGUGCCAGCCGCUUGUUUGAAGACCAGCCUCGGAGGUGAUGAGGAGUCUGGAGUAACUGCACCUUCGCCCUACAGCAAGCCGACCAUCGCCGUCAAACCCACUAUGAUGAGCCUCGACACCAACGAGUCGAUGACUGAUGUCAACAUGAACAUUGAGCAGGAGAACACAAAGAGCCCAGUUGAGCGUUUGGGCCUGAAGAAACUCUUGGACCUGUCGUCACUGUACAUCGACAGCAACGGCUGCAACAAGGCUCAUAGAGAGGCGGUUCUCCAGAGUCCUGAAACCAAGAUGGACUACAACAACUGUUUCUCUCUAGCUUCCUUAUCCCCAAACAUCCUGCCUAAAGACUCCAUGAUCAUCAGUAAUAUCUUCGUCACCCAGGAGGAGGGUAGAGGUUCUCAGAGCUUGAAGAAGAAUGCCAAUGGAGACACUUGCAGGCAGCAGAAUACGACCCCCACAAAAACCAAGAGCACUUAUAACGGAAUUGGUGUAACAACAAGGGAAAACUGUCAGGAUCCCCAUCAGGCAUCUGUGGAUAUACCCUUUUCUGUGGAUAUUGUCCCCUCCAGUACUCCUACGGUUCAUAGCAAUGGUACUACAGUUACAAAAACAGCCAGCACUUCCCCCACCACAGCCCUAAGCAUGGACACAACUAGCCACAAUCCACCACCAUCCCUCCACUCUUCUCCUGUCCUGUCCAAGCAGACCAGCCUGUCGGACUCCUCUUGUUCUUAUCGUAGUAGUACAGAUUCUCUCCCUGGGGCAGAGGGGUCAGGAGGAAAACAAGUGAGGUCAGGAAGCCCCCAAAGCCCACCAGGUCCGAACUCUCCAAAUGGACAACAAGACUCAGAACCAAUUUAUGCAGAGAGCACAAAGAAGAAGCGCAGGCCGCAAGGAAAUGGGGUACAAUCCAAUCCUGAGUCCCCAAACCAGACUAAGAACUCGCCAACUGAGCCUGAGCUUUCGGGAGAGACUCAACGGGCCACCAUCACGAUAAUGGCCGCUCACACGGAGGAGAACAACAGGACUUUCUACCUGAGCAGUCCGGACUCAGCCAUCAGCACUCAAUGCCACUUCAGCCCCACAGCACGUAAAGACCCCAGCAGCCCGGCCUUCCGCUGGCCCAGUCCCAGCCACAGUGCACCUUCGUUGGUCACUGAAGUCAACCACGCCCCAACCCUCUACCCCAAGCCUCAGUCCAGCCCACCCAUUCCCCCGAAAAGGACCACCCGUUCACCCAAACUGGGCACCUCUAGCCUCUCACCGUCCAUGUCAUCUCCAGUCCCUCUUACUGAUCUGCCCAGACUUGGCACCUCCAGCCUCUCACCAUCCAUCUCAUCUCCCGUCCCUCUCCCUGAACUGCCCAUGCUUUUCCUCAUUUCUGCUAGAGAGGGCCACUUCAAGGUCCCCACAGAGAACCACACCUCGGCAGCAUCCGACCGCUGGCACAAGCCCCACCACCACAGUUCUGGUUGGAACUGCCGCAUCGAGGAAGAAGAGGAAGAGGAGGAGAGAGAGCGGAAAGAGGGAGAGAAGAAGAAACUGGCCACAAACCAGGGGACAACCUCUCGGGCGAAUGGCCUUGUCAAUGGUGCCGCUGUCUGGAAGGAGGCCAGGGACGGCAAGGCCCACAGCAGCCCCCCUCCAAUGACAGAGCCAGGCACGGCCCCCCCUACAGCCCCUAACAAUGGUGCCUGUCAGGGGGAGAGUGAGGGUACCGCUGCAGAGGAGGAGGGAAAGCAGAACGGGAGCAUGCCGGCCAGGCAACCGUUGCAUGGCGGCUCAUCAGAGCUGCUGGCAGCUGGGAAGGGAGCUGCCAACAAUGAACCAAAUCCACCACCUCCCCCACCUAAGAAACUGCACAGAGUGUGCGGUAAGAUGAGUGGCAGCAACAUGGAGCUGGACCGCUGCAGCCAACAAGGGUCAUUAGAGAGCUCCACUUCAUCUCUGCGGGGCCUGGGCAGUGUCAGCCUACCCACCGCCUCCACUGACAACCUGUCGUCUGACACCGGUUCUCGGGAUGCUUCACGGAUGUCUUGUUCCUCUCCGUUUCCCAGAAGUCCAGUGGCCUCAGCUCCAGGCUCUCCUCACCCGCCGUCCUCUAACAGCUUGACAAACCAGCCACCUCCUCUCCCAGAGAAAAAAAUGGUCAACCGUACUGUGUCGGCUCCAGAUGGCACCAAUGGGAAACCUUUCGUCCGAGCCUACCCACGCCUCCCGUUCACUGGCUCAGAGAGCAACGUAUGUCGACCUGGUGAUGCCAGUUCUCGCUCCAGUUUACCGUCCAGCCCUGUUGACCCACGACCCAUUUUCUCUUCCAAUGAGUCUCUGGAGCGUUGCCAUGCUGUGCUAGGCCGAUCCUCAAGGUCCCGGACACUGGACGAACCACUGAAGACUCACGGACGUCUGGGUGUCCACUGCCGGAGCAGCGUGACCUGCUCCUCUUCCCCCCAACUCAGCGCACCCUUCUCUGCCUCAGAACCGGGUCUGGCACCAAAUCUGGGCUCCAGCCUGCAGCUCCAGACCCUGCUGAGUAACAUAGACAGUAGGGAGGGAGUUUACUCUAAACUGGGAGGCCUGUACGCCGAGUCUCUGCGGCGCUUGGCUCUUAAAUGUGAGGAUCACUUUACUCGCUCCCAGAGGAACCCACUUAGGUUUGAGGAGAGCAACUGGUCUCUGUUCAGGCUGACCUCCAACAAGCCGAGCUGCAACUCAGGAGAUGCUGUGUACUACUCUGCUGCCUGUGCCUCAGACCCCAGCAACUCCUACGCUGUGAAGAUCUGUAAGAGUCCAUCCAUGGAGGCGAAGCAGGGCCACCUCUACAGUCUGUCGGUGCAGCAGAGCAUGCCUCCCCACUUCAACCUCCAGCAGGACUGCGGCCACUUUCUCGCUUGCGUCCCUCAGAGCAUGUUGCCGUCUGAUGAGGUCUCUCUGCCCACCACGCCUGCCUCGUCGCAACCUCAGCCAUCCAAGUCUACGCCUGACCAGCAGACAGAACGAGAGCGAGUGGUGGUCAUCACCUCGGAGAUCCCUCAGCAGACAGCGUCCGACUUCGUGCGGGAGUGGGGCGCGUUUCAUAAAAGUCAGCCAGAGGUCUACGAGCGUCGUGUCUGUUUCCUUCUCCUGCAGCUCUGCAAUGGCCUGGAGCACUUGAAGGAGCAUGGGGUCACGCACCGCGACCUCUGCCUCGAAAACCUGUUGUUGGUGCCCCACCUCCGCAGACCCUCCCAGUUCCCCCAGCAGACCGCCACUGACACCAGUAACGGUUCGAGUGGUAUAGACAUUCAGCGGCACCUUCCCCGCCUCCUUAUCAGCAACUUUGCCAAGGCCAAGCGUCGCUCCUCCGAGGACGCCGCCUCAACCACUGUGGAUCCUCGCAUCAAGCGUGACCACGCGAGACUGGCGCCUGAGAUUCUCUCAGCGGCCCAGUACCGCAAAUUUGAUGAAUUCCAGACAGGCAUCUUGAUCUAUGAGCUCCUCCAUCAGCCCAACCCAUUCGAGGUGAGUCCAGCUCUGAAGGAGCAGGACUACCGCUGUGAGGACUUGCCUCCAAUCCCCUCCGUCUCCCUUUACUCAGCCGGCCUCCACAGGCUGGCCCAGCUGCUGCUCCAGCCCGACCCCAUCAAACGCAUCCACAUCCAGGAGGCCAAGCGCAUACUGCAGAGCCUCCUCUGGGGCCCGCGGAAGGACCUGAUGGAGCAGCAGUGGGAAAGACAUGGACAAGGGGGAGGCUUUGUCGGUGGAUCCCGACACGAGGGCCUCCUCAACUGGCUGGAUGUGAAACGAGCCCUGCUGAUGAUGAAGUUCGCCGAACGUUCGCUGGAGCCCGAGAGGAACGCGGAGCUGGAGGACUGGCUGUGCUGUCAGUACUUUUCCUCGGCUCACCCUCUGUCUCUCUGCCACACUGCUGAACUACUUUACUCGCUAAAGUGACGGCUCACUUUUAGAGUUAAAAAAAUAUGUGUGAGUGGAGCCAAAGUAACGCGUGAAAGUGUGUAUGUGAAAGACCGAUAGAGUCGAGACACUAUGGAUGGGUCCGGACAGUGAGAUCCUUCGGAGAUACUGUGAACUUUACCCACCUGUUUGCGCUACUGCUACAUGCAUGAGAGCCACGCAUCAAGCAAGCCGUCCACUGUCAGUAUCCUGCUACUGACUGUCAUCCUCGCAAAAGAAAUAACCUGUGAGAAUUCAGCUGUUUCUAGAUGUCCUUGAACAACUCACAGACUAGAAUCACUCCGUUUAAAAAAAAAAAAAAGGAAGAAUAUGGACAAUAUUCAUAAUCCUAUAAUACACUUACCAAAGUUUCAUGUUGACACUGUAUUGUGUGUAUUUAUUGAAUAUUAAUUAAGACAUUUUACCCACUGAGAACAGGCUAAUAGUUCAUAAUCUUAAUCUGUGUCAGACAGCUGUGCAGAGAAAAUGCUGUGUUGUAUCUACAUCGAUGUGCAGCUAACAUCCAUUUGUCUGAAGAAAAGUAUGAGGUCAUGAGCAGACUUACACUGUUGCACCAUUUUUCCGCCAUGUUUGUUUCAUUGGCACAUAGUGCUGUACUGUAAACUGUGUAAGCAACAUAAAUGUAACAUUUUAACAGAAAGUGUCAGAAAAAUGACUAUUUCUCAGUGAAUACUGGUUGGAAAGAGCAGGGCAGGCCUCCCAAAGUCUGUUGUGUCACAAUCAUGCUUAGACGGCAUUGCAUAAUAAAGAUUAAUCAUAAGCCAUACUGUCUAACACAACUCAUAAUUGGACUGGCAAAACAAUUGACAACGUUGGCGAUUGCUUUUUCACUGAUGCCCACUUCUUCCUCAUGCUUCCUUUCUACUACAUAUUUAAAUGUUUUGACAUUUGUCGCAGUGCCUUUUGUUUUUUGUAUAUGUUACAGUGACUCGGAAGCCAAAUGUAAAUACUGCCGAUCAUUCGUCCUUUUCGUGAAACUGGCCUUUCACAGAAUGUCCUAGAAACAAUUUUGUAAAGUAAUUUGUAAGAUGAGCCCAAGCAGGUCUUUAAAAGCCAUGAAUAUGAGCAGCAGUUAUAAAAUAUUUAUGAUAUCAUUUGUUGUCCUGUAGUAGUCACUGGAAGUUCUCUGUUUAUUUUCAUAUGUGGAUUAUCAAGUUGUUUAUUUUUUGGCACAGCAGCAGCUGGGCCUGUUUUUUUUUCCCCUCCUGUGUCCCAUGUAGGCUGCACAGAAGAUGUCAAGUUAUGGGUAUUUUAUCUCCCACAAAGAAUUUCCUAAUAAGUCCAGAGUAGCAAGAAUUUAACAGCCUGCAUUAAAGAAGAGAACUGAAUUGAAGAGAAAGACAAAAUGUGGUCAGAACUCACAACUAAUACAUGAUUGAUUUGAAUUAUUUUGUGUGUGCCUCACCUAUUUGCAUCUAUCAAUAAACUGUGCAUAUAUUUUCUCACAGUAAAA